AUGGAGGACACCCUUCUGAAAUACAGAAUUGUAGAUUUCCGGGGCAACAAAAAUGCGCUUGACUUGUGGAAAAAAUAUGUAACUGAAGAGGUGCUACGGGAUCCCUCCUUGGGGAGGGGGAUGGGGAUGGGCAAGGAGCGCUCCAAAAGGGAAGCUAAGCGAGUCGACACUUGGUUAAACUUGUGUGGCCAAAGAGUGCACCACUGGAAAGAUCCUAAUUACUUUCCGGAGUGCCAAUCACAGGAGAUACCACCGGAUGAUGGUAGACAGUGCAGUCAAGGUGAAGAGGAGAAGAACGACAGGCUAAGGACAGAAAAGAACAAACGUCGCAACGACAGCCCAGAGGACUUGGUAUUAUCCCCACCUGAUCAGGGAAAAAAGAAAAAAAAAAAAAAAGAAGAAGAAAAAAAGAAAGCCCUAUUAUUACGUGAAAGGAUGAACUACCUUCAGGGGUUCGAAAAGCUACUGGAAAAACUGGAUCAAGACACGGAAGAAAAUUUUAACAAGUACCAAAAUGAUCAAGGAGGAGAAACACACGGACAAUGCAUAGUGACGUAUCAAAAUUAUGAAUGCCGAAAUGCAGACCUGACGUACAAGGAGGAAGUGGAUUUUGUGAGAUUUUUUUACUCCUCUGUAUGUUUAAUAAAAGAGAAUAAAGCUCUCAUACCUAGGGGGAAUUAUUUGUACGAGCUAAUACACCCACAAACGACUUCCUCCUUCCCAGUCCCAAAUAAAUUGAGCUACUAUUUUGUUAAAUUAUACAUAAAUAAUAAAUGGCGCUUAGUUUUUGUACACUUAGCUUUGCCAUACAAUGAGGAAAAUCAAAUUUUGUCCUGCCAGUCUGUAGAUGAGAAGGAGUUAUGGCCACAUAUCCUCAUGGAAGCUUUGCUAACAUGCUUUAAAAUUUUUCACCUACCCGAUUAUCAUUUUUACCUACUUGAAAUGUUAACGGGGCUUAAAUGUAUAAACAAGUCAUACGAUUUUAUCUCCUUCGGGGAGAACCUACGAGCGGAAAAAUGUUUCUUCAUCCCCUGCGCGGUUCUCUUCGGCAAGGAGAGUAUCAAUUUUUGUGAACAUGCUGAUGUACACACAUCACGCCCCUACAUACAUGAGGAGCAGUCCACUGACCAUUCGGAAGAAAAAACGAAACAAUUGAACACUGAAAACGGAGAGGAAGACACGAAAGCGAACAUGUGCGCUCUUUCAAGUGUCUGCUUCUCUUGUAGUGAACCAUUGAAGAACUCGCACCUGCAUCAGCAUCACCCCCCUGGACGCUUCAUCUUCCUCCUCUGCUCAGCUGAAAAAGAAUACAUAAAAAUAAAAUGCGAAAAAAUCAAGCCUCGUCAUUCAAUACCCUACUCACAUUACCAACAAUCUCUGCUUAAUGCAAAGAAGGAUAUUUUCCUCAAAGGAUAUGCUUACAUCAAUUAUAGGGGAAAUGUCCGCAUUAAAGACGCAGAAUUGGUUCCAGUAAAUAAUUUGAAUUUCCUGAAUGGUACUUCUAAUCGAGGAAAUGAAGGAGAUAAGAAGAGAGAUGAAAAUGUCAGCGCAUGUGAGACAAGGAAAGAACCCCAAACAUACAGUUGUGAUGAUGCCAAUUCUGAUACACAGGAUAUUACGGUGAAUGAGGAUAAUACCCAACAAGUGCUCCUGCUCAUUAGAAAAAUUUUAAGAGAUGAUAAGAAUAGGGCUAAGCGUGAAAAAACGGUCAAUGAAGAAUCGGAUGACAAGAUCCACCGAAUGGGUACCUCCAAGUCAAGCAAAAAGAACACCCACAAAGAUAUCGACAAAUGGAUAGACGAAGGCGAACUGGAAAGACUCACCCAAGCAAUCAACGUGAACUACACGUGCCAAUAUUUAAUAAAAACAAAUGAUAGCUUCUUAUCCAAAGGGGAAACGAUAUUUUUUCUCGUUAACAGAAACCACUUCCAAGUUUUGUCUACCAAUACAUAUUCUAAAAAUAAAACUCCUAAAAUUGAAGGGGCUCAAAAAAAAUCUAAUAAGAUUAAACUGAAGAGUAAAUACCGCAGUCGUGACGAUAUGGAAAGUGCUCCUAGCGUCACACAGGAAGAGACCUUCCCAUACCUUUUUCUGAUAUGUUCUGUCUGCAUCAAUCGGAGUGGAAACAAGUACAAUAUGUCACUCCUUCGGGACGAUUUUAAAAUGCAAAAUGAGCCAAAUGGAUCAAGUGGCAUAAAGGGGUAUACCAAUUCGAAUAGCACACUAGUAGGAGAAAAUGAGGAACCUCUUCUAUCUGACGGGCUGCACGAAUUUUGUUUUUCCUUUUUCUCCUGCAAAGCUCGAAGGAGGAAACGGUGCACAGGGGGAGACACCAUGGAGAGAAAAAGGAAUGAGGAAAAACGGCCUAACUCCAGCCACGCUGAUAAACGCCAAGGGGAAAUCCUCAAUCUGUUGACAUCAAAACUGGGUAGCGUCCCAGAAGGAGUAAUGACACGUGGAAGCAGUGCCUUUCGUUGUGAUAACUCCGGUCUGAACUCAGGAGAAAAACACCCGGUACUCUCCCCCAAGGACAUCCUGAACUACGAGUGCUUCGUCAGGAAAAUAGGCGAAGAAAGGGUAACCCGAAAUGAGGAUGCAAAGGGGGCAGAUAAAGUGGACAAGGAAAGCACCCCCACCUGCGCGGUACCCCCAAACUUUUUUCUAGACAACAGAGGAUAUGACGAAUGGAGGGACUAUCACUUUGAUGAAGAAAAUCGAAAAAGGAAUAUACACCUAAGGGGGAAUAUGGAACAUUUCUUCCUUGUGUAUGUGAAACGCAUGAGGAGGGGCGACUUCUCCAUUGAAUGGCUUGAAGGAAACGAAAAAAAAAAAAAAAAAGAGGUAUCCUCAAAACAGACAAAGAAAUCGGAUGACACACAAAAAGGAAACUAUUCGCUCCAUUCGGGAAGUGAAGAAAAACUGAUUAAUUGUUCUUUUAUGAGUGUAGAAGAAUAUCUUGAAAAAAAAUUAAAAAUGAAAAUGGCGUUUUUAAAAAAGAAACUGAAUAUAGGAAAGGAAUGUCCAAUGAAGGUACUUCUAAGAUAUAUAGUGACGAUCCCUCAAGUGAGGAACUUACCUGCACCCUUUUUUUAUCUAAUUCACAAAGCGAAUAAGUUAAAAAUUAUGUCGCAUUUAGACUUAUACAUUUGUAACGUAACAAGAUGGAAGGGAAUCUUUGAUGUAGAAAAUGCCAAGGGAAGAAAAAAAAAAAAAAAAAAAAAAUCGGAAAAAAAUGACAACAGUGCAGAGCAGGAAGAGGGAGAAGAUGACGACGAUGAGUAUGAAGAAGAUCAUCCCCACAAUGGAAUGAAAAAUAUUUUUUACAAAAUUUCCAUGGAAAAUAUUAUUCACAAAAUUUGCAUUCCUCCAUGUGAUAAUGAUGACGAUGAAGGUAAGGACGAAUGUACCUACCUCUUUCUCGUCGUGUCCAGAAAGGUGGAGAGGCUAAUCGAAAAGGACCUCAAUUUUGAGAUAACCAUUGCUUCUCCUUCUAGCGGGAAAGACACAUCUUGUGAAGAAUACACGAAGAGAAAAAAGGCAAACAUACAGGUAAAGGAAGUUUCGUCCAUCUGCAAAAGUUAUACCUUCAACCAUAACGGUAAACAUAUUGACUUUGCCGUAAAGAAUGAUUGUCCAGAGGAAAAUACCUCAGGAGAAAUUCAUCCAAAAAAUGAUAACCCCACAGAGGUAGAAAACUGUAGUGAAUCGUCUUUGCUUGAACAAAAACAAAACAAUCAAACACAAGUUGGGAUAGGCGACAACCUCCACCUCAACACCUAUAACUGUCAAAAGAAAAUAAAACGGUUUAAACUAAUAAAAAAAAUCACCAUCAAUAGUAGUAGCGACAGAACAUGGGGUUCCAUUUACGUGAACCUGAAGAAAUCGCAUUUAUUUAAAAAUAUUCUUGUCAAAAUAUUGAAAGUAAAGCGAAAGAAAAUCACCAAUGAGAAAUGUGCCAACUUGAAUUUUAUUACGAACAAUUGGGGAAGGGAAAUUAUACAAAAAAGGAGAAGGAAGAAAAGCGUUUUUUUUAAGCAUAUUGAAUUGUCCACUAGCGAUUUAUACCUCCUUCAGGUGGAGAUAAAUAUGCUUAGCGGCUCAUCCGAGAAACAGUCGAUCCAGGAAAGCCCAUUAAAUUGUCUUCCUCAAAGAGGAAAGAACAUAAGUCAAACACACUUAAAAAAUUAUCCAUAUGUUCAUGCAGAUCCUCUAAUAAAUGUUUUAUUAAACUUCUCUGAUGAUGUAUCCCUAGAGGAAGAUACCUCGAAUGAGGAUGUAGAAAAUGAGAUGAAAAAAUUCCUUGACCUUGGUAAAAUAAAUUUGGAGAAUCUAACAUUGGCUAGUCAGUCUAAACAUAUGGACAAUAUUUUCUCGCUAAAAAGUGAUUUGCUAUUUCGCUAUGGAGGAAAUUAUGAUGAAAUUUUUAGGCAUCUCUCAAAGGUGUGUAGCGGUGACAUCCAAGGGGGCAUCCCCAGGGCCUUAUCUGUGGGGGAGAACUGUCACCCAUGUGAUGGAAAAAGAAACAAAUGCACCAAGGGGGCUUACAGUUGGAUUAGUCCACUUACUGAUAACUAUUACGAUGAUCUCCUGUGCACGAAUAAUGCGGGAGAGACCACCCACCUGGAAUCAUCCAUGAGCAAAGAAUACUUUUUGCAAGCCCUCUCCUCUGUUUUGAAGUUAUCCAAAGAGACAUCAGCCUAUGUAGAGUCAAAUCUUCUUCAUCAAGGAAACGACAGGGUUGGAAGUGGCGACUUCGCACAGAUGCUUCGGGCUGUGGGGGGUGAAACGCUUUGCCUCACCUUUGGUCCGCCGGAAAACGGGGACCAAUUAUACAAGCAGGAUAAGUUUGAAAAGUUUGACAAGUUUGACAAGUACCCAUUCGCCAAGCUGAUGGAUACCCCCCCGAACACAGAUAGGAAAGAAAAAAAGCGCAAGGCUGAUGACCCCACGAGCAAAGAAUUCGAAGCCUCCUUCGAUAGGUUCCUUUCGCUUUCAACAGACGCAAAAAAAACCAUCGAUGAUAUGAAGGCCAACUACAACUUAAAAAACAAAGUAGACCUUUUUAAAAUAAAAAUGGAUGCAGAACUACAACUUCGGGAAAACACCUUCUACUCUCUUGGUGGUAAAACUGGAAGCUCCACCAGGACGAUUGUUAAGAAGAAAUGUGCCCUUACAAAUAUGAAAAAAAAUGUUAAAUGUAACCCCAAGGGGAGUGAAAAAGUAACACUUGAUCUCACCAACGGAAGAGGAAAUCCUCCAACAGAUGACUCCAUCACAAACUGUGACGAAGACCAAACGGAUCAUCAUCAUGAUAAGAGUAGAUUCUACGUUCAACACAAAAUAGAUCCCGCAAUUGAAAAUCUGCAGGAUCUCAUAAACGUCGUCAGAAGGGUAAAGGCCUCCUACAUCAAACUAAAUGACACAAAAAAUAUCAAACUGAAAAAUACUAAAAUGAUGAAUGAGAGAAAAACGUUCAUCGAAAAUAUAAAAAAUAGUGUAAAGACGAAACGCUUUAAAAACCACCCAACAGAAGAACUGAAAAAUAUUUAUCAAAAAGGAAUUGAACUAAAAUUACAUAUUUACAACUCCGAUCUGAUGAAGUACAUCAAGACGCACUACCUCCUGCUAGACAGAUUAAAUGAGAUGAAGGCCCUCCUCAACAUCUCUAAAUUUAAGAAAAUAAAAAUGACCACCAAUGAGAAGGAACCAUUCAACGUAGAAGAAGCAGUGACAGAUAAAAACCUGUUCAUGCAAAUAUUCAGCAAGUGCUCAGAUGUGAUUAAAAAUGAUAAAAGCCUUCAAUUGAGUGAUUCUUAUAAGAACCUAUUUAAAGAGGCUCAACAAAUUUUUAAUAAAAUGAUAGAAGAUACACAGAAGGAAGAGGACGAAGCUUCAUUGUGA